CGGCUGAACAGACUGCGGGGCAACUUCACAGUCGUCAAGAAGCACUCGUCCCGUCCUAAAGGCACCGGCGAAAAUCGAGGACAGAACAAUUACGACCAAGAAGAAGACCACAGUUUAUCACAACAAUACGACGAAGGACAAAACUAGGUCUCCCAGCAACUUGUGUUAUAAUAACUGAACUGAUGGAUCUUCCUGAAGAUUUGUCUCGCUCCGGCGCUGCAGCAGCUGCUAAACGCAAAGUGGAAGAAGACGCAAAUUCUGGACCAGCAACCAAGAGAAGUAGUAAUUCGUCGUCGGAAGGCGUGGAAAAUAACAUUACUGCUGUGACAGAUGAGAAGAAAUCCAUAGUUCAAACAACAUUUCAAACGCUUGAUGGAUUUAAAGUUGAUUCAAUUCUAAGUAAUAGUGCAGACUUCAAAAGGAUUGUUGUUGAAGGAACUGUUGGAGAUCAAAAGGCUGUAAUAAUUUUGGACAAAAAACCAUUUACAGAGGAUAUUUUAUCCGACUUGUUUUCUAAGAAGAGUGAAUUGGUCCAUACUUUUCAAAACGACAUAUACGGCAGCUACGAUUGCGUAUUGGAACCAAAGCUUUCAGCUGUAAAAACUACAAUUGUCCAUCCUGCCACCAAGCAGCACAUUGAUAAAUAUCGGAUUCAGCCCUUUUACUUGGUGCAAGAAACUCCAGAGAUUUACAAAAGUGUAACUCUCCCAUACUUGCAAUCGAGCUCUUUUGAUAUUCAGUGGGUGCAUAAUAUUCUUGCCCACAAAAAAGAGGCUGAUCGAAUCAUCUUUGAAGACCCUGACCCAAAAACUGGUUUUAUCUUGCUACCAGAUUUAAAGUGGGACGGAGAAACGAUCAACAACUUGUAUCUAGUUGCAAUUGUCCAUGAGAAAGGGAUAAAGUCGUUGCGUGAUUUAACUGCUGAACACAUUCCUCUACUACAGAAAGUUUUGACCGAAGGCUCUGAAGCCAUUCAAAAAAAAUACGGACUGACGAAAUCUCAAUUAAGAGUUUAUAUUCAUUAUCAGCCAUCGUAUUAUCAUCUGCACAUUCACUUUACAGCUCUUAGCUUCAACGCUCCAGGAAUAUCAACGGAAAAGUCACAUUUGGUGUCAACAGUUAUUGGAAACAUUGGUCUCAGUCCAACAUAUUAUCAGGACAGCACAUUACCAUUUACUGUCAAGAAAGGGGACGCCUUGUGCGAAAAAUUACUGGAAAAUGGAUACAAAUUUUAAUUUCUCAUUGGAAAGUUCAUUAAGUGACAUCAAACUUGAUGAACCAACUAGAGUCAAAAUACUUGCAGAAUACCUUCCUAGAUUAAGUUUAGUUAGUUUGUAUGUUACGCUCAAUAGAGCUGCUGGAGAUGAAGAAGGAACCAGUGUGAUAGAUCUUAAAAUUUUGGUAACCCAUGACUCAAUAAGUAUUCCAGUCUUAGACAUUUAUUCACUUCAGUUUUUUGGAAUCAAGUUUGUUCCGCAAAGGUCUCUCUUAAGGCCAACUUCGUCGAACAAGAAUGUUUUUUAUUUUAGAAUAAUUGCGAAUCCUCCUUUCGAAAGUUUGGGAUCCGCUGAAGCAGAACUUUUGCCAUCAUCGGAUGAGUUUGAUGAUGGAAUGUCCAUAAUGUUAAAGUAUUCAGCGAAUCAUUUUAUACCAUUAGAAAAUUGUCGUUAUGAUAUCACUUGUCAAUCAUGUGGAAAUUGUUUUGUACCAGAAGCCGUUUUUAAAACUAUUCGACAAAUGCCUGGACUUAAUUGGGAAGAGAAAGCGACAGAUCUCUGGUGUCAUCCGCCUGCCUGUACUGUCAAUAGUGAAUCCGCCGAUUUCAAGAAUUCUCAUACUCCUAAUCCUACUAGUAGAAAAACUGUUUUUGAAAUGCUUAGUUGUCCAGAGCUUCAUAGUUGUUAUUACUCCACCACUUUUUAUGCUAUUAGUUCAAAAAUUAUUCAAGGAGUCUCUACCGAGGUAAACGAUCCAGCACGUUGUUUCCAGUGUAAAAAUGAAAUUGGAUGUUGGUACUCUAAAGACUGCAUUCACUUAUGGGAUUAUGGUGUUAAAUGGAUGCCACAGAAUGUUCAUCCUACUCCCAAUGUUGCAGCCCAUUGUUCAAUUUUGCAGAAUGAAGCUCACUUAAAAUUACUUCAAAAUUUCAAGCGUUCAGUAUUUGCAUGCAUCUGUGAGUGGUCAUAUUCUUCAAUAUGUCAAUUUGUACUGAAAAGCUCGAUUGGAGAUGAUUCCAUUUUGUUGUGGAGUUCUGACAAGAAUCUAACCAUUUUCCAAACAGAGUUUUGUGUGAGAGGGACUACUGCAGAUUUAGUAUUAAAACCAGAGAAAGUAGCAAAGUUUUUGUUUCUUCAAAAACAGUCCGCCGAAAAUUCUACCUGUACUAAUAAUUCCACAAUGCUACCUGUCGGCAGCAGUUACCUGGAAGUUCUCACUAUUCCAGGCCGAGUAUUCCAAGCUGGUAUUAAAAAGUUAAUUGAAACAUCCGAAUUAUUUUUGGACACGGAGCAAAUUUUGAAAUGUGGGUUUUUGUCGUAUUCUGUAGAUUAACAUUAAGUAAUCUAUAGACAAAGUUCUUGUACUUAUUUUACCUUAUGAUUAGUGACGAGUUGUAUGAAAAAUGCAAAAUUAGUUGGGAAACUUGAUGUAUUUACUUUAGUGUGCAUCAUUAUUUAAAUGAAUGCGACAUUAUAAAACAGUAAAAGUUGUUGGUUACAUAUGUUUGUAUCUACAUGUCUAGUGCAUCGGUGUAGAACCCAUUAAAAUUAACUCUGAAAAAAAAUCAAAAAUUUAUUAUAAAAGUAAGUUAUAACUGUAUUAGAGUAAUUUUAAAAUUUUGAUAAAUAAAAAGCAUUUACCGAUAAA